UCAUGGGUCCUUCGAAUGUGUGGCGCGGGUACUAUCCUCACUUUUGCCAUGUUGAUAUGGAUUUUACUCAAGUGAUGCAGAACUGAAACAAGUAUGACAAAAUGUUUUCGCUCAAACAGAACUGUUGGUUUAUAAAAAAGGUUGUAAUAUGGAGGGCGAUGGCGAGUAUUGCAUGGUCAGUGCUUCUCUUGCCAGUGACAACUGCAGUCUUUGUGCUCUUGAGUAGAUUCAGCCUGUUUCACCCCAUCCAAUGGAUUUCAGAAUGCAUAAGUCUUCUUACGGCCUCAACCACCAUCUUUUCCCUUGUCGUGCUGUGUGGAGUGGUUCUGAUGAUUGGCUUUUUCAACCUGGAGUUCUACACUUUGGUUCCUUCCAUUCGGUGUUCACGUAUGGCUCUUCUGGGGACAGUGCUCCACCCGCGACAGUGUGUCCAUUCUUUGGUCUAUUGCACCAUGGGCAUGCUGGUAAUGUGGUGUGCUUCUGUUACCAUCGGUGGACGUUACAGCACUCUAGGAACUCCCUGCAGGCAAAGUGAGAGUGGUGAAUUUGUGACCUGUCUGAAUGAGUAUCAUCUCUUUCUUCUCCUGGCUGGGGCCUUCAUGGGAUACAGUCAUAGUUUUUUGGGAGUGGUUCAAAAUAUGUACUAUGUGUCCUUUCAACCCAUACAACAAUACAAAUAUCCACGGUUCAAGAGCUGUCUACCAGCGGUGGUGAAGUGCAGUGUUAUUCAAUCCUUAUAUUCAGCCAGGAAUUUUGCUGCUCUCUAUUUCUUUUUUGGUUAUGUUCCUAAGACCUGGAUUGCCAGCACACUUAAUCUACAGAUAGACAGUUCUCUCCAACCACUAGAUUCAUUGACUGGACUUCUAGACUUCUCCCUACUCUACCACCUGGCGAUCAGUGGCACUUUCCUGUACCUAACCUGGUACCUCACUGUGCUACUCUUCAGGAUUUAUGUCAUAGAGGCCUACAGUUUUCCAGUGCAGUCCACAUUUACUGAGGAUGCAGAGCAGUGUCUGCCCAAAGUUUUGGCUGAGAAGAACACUUCAGUCAUGAAGUUUUUGGCUCUGCAAGACCUGGCUUUGUUAUCGCAACACUCUCUCUCACGUAGACUGGAAGUCUUCAGUCUGAGUCAGCCAGGUGGUCACCCUCACAACUGGAAUGCCAUCAGUAAGGAAUGUCUGUCUUUGCUGAGUGAGCUGACACAAAGACUGGUGGCUCAUCAGGAUGCGGUUGCCUCUAAUGGCCGAGUCAAAUCUCAAUCUGCCAGCAGUGACACCAGAUCAGCCUCUUCAAGCAGCUCAGUGAUGUCAGGAACAGAGGACAUUCCCGAGACUCUUCGACUCGGUGUCCCGCUAAGGACCCCUGGUUCAGUCUUCAAGUCAUCGAUGGGGGGUGCUCACAGCGCUCUGACGGCUCCUUUCACCCCAGACGUGGACAGCCCUUUCUCUUCUCCUGCUAUCCGACGUCUGGUUGGCCAACAGGAACCCCAGUCUCCCUGGUUUGGUACUGUACAAAGCCCCCACGUCAUGAGGAGGGGCCCCAAACUUUGGAGUGCCUCCACAGAGUCACAAACCAAUGGCAGUCCUCUGGCCUCCCCAGCCACCGUUCCUAGUCCUCCUGCAGCCAAUCAGAAACCCAGCUUCCUGACCCAGUGGAUGCAAAACAGGAGAGAACAGGUUAAAAGCUUUUUGGCAAAGCGGGUGCUGAUAGUGUAUUUAUUUAACAAGCUUCCAGAAGCCUCUAGCCAAGCUCUGUUUGCUGACAGCCAGGCUCAUAUUUGGGCUCUCCAAGGACUCUCUCAUCUGGUGGCAGCCUCUUUCUCUGAGGAUCAGUUUGGAGUGGUGCAGACUACAUUACCUAGUAUUCUUAGCUGCUUAGUAGUCUUGUUAGAGGCUGUUGACAGACACUUCAAACUGCCUCAUGCUUCCAGCAAACCUGCAAGGACAAUCUGCAGUAUGGGUGAUUCCACUUACAAAACUCUAAGGUUUGCACUGAGGGCUUCGCUAAAGACGGCCAUCUACAAGAUAACUACCACUUUUGGAGAGCACUUGAAUGCUGUGAAUAUUUCAUCAGAACAUAGAAAAAGGCUUCAACAGUUCUUGGAAUUCAAGGAAUAGUGCACCACACAACCUUGUCCUCUUAGAUGUCUGUGAAUAUAUAUAUACGUGUGUGUCAGGAGGGAAAAGAGACAAUGUGCUGCUUUGAAAUGUCUGAUAUAUGGGGGAUUAGCACUGUACAUCACUCAAAGCCUUAUAAAGUAUAUUGCUUUACAGCCUGGUGCUUAACUGUAUUUCCCCUUGAAAUCCCAGUAACUUUAACAUUUACAUCUUUCAUACACCAUUCCAUAACCUGGGAAUUUUUUUUGUGUAUAUGUACCUGUGUGCUAGAAUGUGACGAGAGUUUAAAUCUGGUGGACUUCAAAAUCAUGGUGGGGAUUUAAUGAAAUGUUUAAGAUGUCAUCACUUUUCAUCUUCAGUAUAUUUAGAUUUUAGUAUGCUACCUUGAGUGAUGGGUCAACACUUUCCAUUUGAGUCAUUUAUUGUUCACGUUCUAUGUUUGUGAUGUUUUUAACAGCACUCUGGUUGGAUGGUCAAUUAUCAAGGACCAUUUGCGUUACAUGGAUUUUCACUAUGCUCCAUUUAUUAAUCUGGUUUACAUGGUAUUUGUUUGCCAAGAGAUCAUCGAUUGGGUUAUUUGGUUAAAUAUCAAAUAUUUACUUUGAUGUAAUUAAAUAAACUUUUCUAAAAUGUCA